AUGGCGAGCGCAACUCACUCGGACGAAAGCAAGCAAAACGCCAGCGGGAAGGGGGCCACUUCCUACGAUGACUUCAUCGAAUUGAGGAAGAGAAUUAUCCUCAAGGAAAAGGAACUUUUGGGAAAAAAAAAAUUUCCAGAAAAAUUGCCAGAAAAAGCAAGUGCGAAAAAUGGAGGGGAAGAAACUGCAGCGAAGGAGGAGGAGGGAGGAGGAGGAAGAGGACAGAAGGGGAAGGUCAUGUACAGGUCCUUUGACCAGUUCUACAAAUAUAAAAAAGAUUUUGAGGAGCACGAGGUGCAGGUGAAGAGGGACGCGAUGAAGUCCCUCCGCAAGUGCGCCGGGAGUGGGGGUGGCGGCACUUACGUAAGCGGUGGCAAUGACGCACACGCUGCUAGCGAUGUACACGCUGCUAGCGAUGUACACGCUGCUAGCGACGUACACGCUGCUGACGAGGUGCCCACUGCCAACGACGCGCACGCUUCUACCGAGCAGGGAGACCGCGGCGACCACCGAUACUCUUACAUCAAACUCAAAACGGAGAGACAAGGCACCGUCAAACAGCUGAAGGAGUACUUCCAGAAAAUCCAGCAGGACCAAGAGCAAAGGAGAAACAACGAGCUGCUUCUGAAGAGGGACAAGAAGGGGGCCACAGCCGCUGCCGACGAAGGGAACGAGCGUGCAGUGAAAAGCGGCAACACCGUUUUGGAAAGAGUGGAGAACGAGAAGAGGUGCGACCCAAUUGAGCAUGACCUUGGCACGACGCUUCACCUGUGCGGCGGCGGGGGGGACGCAAAAGCGGUCAGCCAAGUGGAGAGCCAACCGGACGGCCAAGCGGAGAGUCAAUCGAACGGUCAACCGGAUAACCAAUCGAACGGCCAACCGGAUAACCCUGUAGAAAACCAACCGGACCGCCAACUCGACCACAUGGACGUGAAAGAGCUGGAACUGCUCUAUAACCUCAUCAGCGAAAUGAAGAAAAGCUGCAGCAACGGGGAAGACUACAUCGCCAGUUUGGUCCAGGACCUACACACCUCCAAUAAGAGGCACCUCGUUCAGAAGAUUCUACAAAUACUCAAAGCCGUUGACAGCAAAAUCACCUCCGAGCAGGGCAAGAACUCAUUGGAGCGGAGUGCUGGCGAAAUUGGAGGAGACACCGCCAAACAACACACGAACGUUAGCACUUUGGUAAACAUGCAGAGUGACAAACGUGUAGGAAAUGAAGACAAGGCUUUCCCUGAAGGGGAAAAAAGGAGUGCAGGUCAUCCUAAGGGGCUCCCAAAAGGGACUCCCAAUUGGAACAGUGUUUGCAAAAAUGAGGAGAGAAAAUCUCCACCGAUGAGAGGUGGAAGUCCCAUUCAUGUAAAAAUAAAAAAGUACAACGAGGCAGUGGAGGCAGGAUAUUCCCAAAGCGGUCGCUCCUUAGAUGCGAAAGCAGAGGUUGAAAGGGGAGACGGGGGUGCACCGCGCACAGUGGAACGGGGAAAGGGCCCAACCAAGGGGGGGAAAAGGACAGACAAGGAAGACAGUGGAGCAAAGGGGGCACUUCAAGAGGGGGAGAGCAACAAAAUGGGCGUCGCUCCCAGUGAUGAAUCAAACAGCCAGUCAAAACAUCCCAACGAUAACGGCAGCUCCCUCCAUCCGAAUGGAAGCACAGCCAAAGGUGAAGCCAACCACGCGGGAAAGUUUGAGUGGUUUUAUUCCACGAUGAAGGAUAUAUAUAGUGAGGAUGGCGAGGCGGGCGAUGAGCCCAGCGGUGGGACAAGCGGUGAGCCAAACGGUGAGCCAAACGGUGGGCCAAGCGGUGGGCCAAACGAUUACUCAAGCGAGGGUAGCGAAAACGACGACCUCUUCACGUGGCUAGAAAACAGAGAUGUUGAAAACGUCUUGAGUGGCAAGAAACGGAGUGACGAGGGGGAGACCAGCGAGGAGUCAGGACUUGUCCCCGUCCCAUGA